UCCUCUAAUCGCUCCACCACUUCCCAUUGGCCCUCAACUCCACAAAAGAAAAUAAAUAUUAUCACAAUCUUUUCAUCUCCAUCAUCUCGAAGGCCCCAUCUUUUCUAUGAAUAGGCCGUGAACAAUAUGAACUCUGGAAUCUCCAACUCCAACGAUGAUUCAAACCAAGAAGAAGAAGAAGAAGAAGAAGAAGAAGAAGAUGAGACACCCGAAGACAGAGCUCGCUGUGAAUGGGACUUCCACCUCGCCUCCAUCAUCUCCCCUUCAACCACUAGAGAAGUCUCCGACGUCAUCGGCGCCAUCGAGUUUGACCCCACCGGCCACCUCUUAGCCACCGGUGGCAUCUCUAGAAAGAUAAGAAUCUACGCUCUCAGUUCUCUAGUAUCACCACAUGGAUACAAUAAUAUUAAUCCAACCACAAACUUUUCCGACCACUCCACCACCUGCAAAUUCUAUAUCUGCACGCCGGCCAAGCUAAGCAGCCUCCGGUGGCAGCCCAAUUCCGGCGGUCGCGUCAUCGGCUCGGGGGACUACGACGGCGUCGUGACCGAGUACGACGUCGAGAGCCACGUCGCGAUUUUUGAACGCGACGAGCAUGAUGGCCGGCGAGUGUGGAGCAUAGACUAUUCGAUCGACGGGGAGCUCGGGGUGUCGGGCUCCGACGACGGUACUGCGCAUAUAUGGGAUAGGAGGUGCAAUGGCGGCAGCGUGUGGGCAGCGAAAGCCGGCGGAGCCGUUUGCGGCGUGGAGUUCGACCCGGGGGGCGGGCCAUGGAUCGGCGUCGGGAGCGCCGACCGGCAUGCGUACGUGUACGAUAUUCGGGCGGGGGCGGCGGGGGGGCCGGUGGCGGUUUUAGGGGGGCACGGCCGGGCGGUGACGUAUGUAAGGUUCGCCACCGCGGGCGGCGGAGGGAGGGUGGUGACGUCGGGGACGGAUGGGAGCCACAGGCUGUGGAGUUGGGAGGAGGGGAGGGAGGUGAGGGUUUACAGAGGGCACGCGAACAAGCGGAGUUUUGUGGGGUUGUCGGUGUGGAGGGAGGGAGGAUUGGUGGGGAGCGGGUCGGAGAGCGGGGAGGUGUUCGUAUACGACCUCCGGUGGGGGGAGCCGGUCUGGGUGAACCGGUGGGCGGGGGACCGGGCCGAUGCGGACCGGGGUUUCGUUAGCGCCGUUAGCUGGAGGCAGACGCCGGGGGAACGGGAGGGGUUGCUGGUAGCUGGGGGUUCGGAUGGAGUGCUGCAGGCGUUCGUUAGCAAGAGGAAGGCCGGGUAUGACUGAAGGCUUGCCUGUUACUUUUUCUUUUCCUUUAAAAAAAAAAAACUUUUACCCUUUCCUCCAAAGAAAACUGUCUGAGAAAAAGUAAUAAAAAUGGUGAAUUUACAAGAUGAUAGAAACUCAGAUGAUUUGUUUGUUUAUUUUUCUAAUGGAAUGUUAAUAGCAUCA